UCCCCCUCCUGUCCGGCAGUCACUAGGUCCUGUCACAUACCCUGAAAUACACUAGAGUGCUUGUCAGGCUUUCUGUUUGCAGAUAUAUGGUAAGCCAAGGGGGUGAACCAUAAUCUCUGCUUUAGAAGGAUCGCCUAACUGAUUACCCAGCACCUGAGUGUGGACUUUGCAUUCUGAAACAGGAAAAAUGUCAGCAACUGUUCCAUACAUGAAAAUGAAAAUAGAUCCACAGCAUCUAAAGAUUCAGACACAUACAGUGGAAAAACUGCUAGAACCUCUGAUAAUUCAGGUUACCACAUUAGUGAAUUGCCCUCAAAAUCCUUCUAACAAGAAAAAAGGAUGUUCCAAGAGAGCACGCAUUAUCCUUGCCUCUGUAGAAGAAGCAACUUGGAAUUUAUUGGACAAAGGAGAGAAAAUUGCUAAAGAUGCUCCCAUCUUAACUGAGGAACUUAAUGCUGCACUUCAUGAUGUUUGCAAAGAAAGUGAAUCCUUAAAAGUAACAGCAAAAAAAUUCACAGAUGAUCCUUGUUAUUUGCCCAAAAGGGAGGCAGUUGUACAAGCAGCACGGGCUCUUCUGGCUGCCGUCACAAGACUUCUUAUUCUGGCAGACAUGAUUGAUGUGUCCUACCUGUUGCAACAUCUAACCACCGUGCGAAGAACGUUUCUUUCUCUUCAGAAUGUAUCUAGUAAAUCUGAACUGCAGAGAAUGUAUAAAAAUCUUCAGAAAGAACUGGAAAAGUUGGACCAUUUGGCAUAUAAACGGCAGCAGGAUUUAAAAUCAAACGAUCAGCGAGAUGACAUUGCAGCCGCACGUGCUUCUCUGAAGGAAAAUUCAUCUCUCUUCCAUUCAAUUUGUUCUGCUUGUUUGGAACAUUCGGAUGUAGCAUCUCUUGUAGCCAGCAAGGACUCAGUUUGCAAUGAAAUACAGAAUGCACUGAAUGUCCUUUCAGAUGCUUCUCAAGGAAUCAGUAAUCAAAAGGUUCAGCCAGUGUUGUCAUCAGCCACACUCGGAGGUGCCCUUGAUGAACUUGAGAAUCUGGUUGCCUUGGAUCCCCUUGCUUUGAAUGAUGACAAAAUAAGGCCAUCACUAGAAAAGCGUUUAGAAGGGAUUAUCAGCGGGGCCGCUUUAUUAGCAGACUCUUCCUGCACACGGGAUGUUCACAGAGAGCGCAUUAUCACUGAGUGCAAUGCUAUUCGUCAAGCUCUCCAAGAUCUCCUUUCAGAGUACAUGGCUAAUGCUGACAAAAAAGAAAAAAGCAAUGCAUUGAAUAUUGCGAUAGACAAUAUGUGCAAGAAAACAAGAGACCUUCGUCGGCAGCUUCGCAAAGCUAUCAUUGAUCAUAUCUCAGACUCAUUCUUGGAUACAACCGUUCCACUUCUAGUGCUCAUGGAAGCAGCUAAAAAUGGAAGAGAAAAGGAAAUACAGGAGUAUGCAGCUAUAUUUAAAGAACACACGUGCAGGCUUAUUGAGGUGGCUAAUCUCGCUUGCACGCUAUCAACGAAUGAAGAUGGAAUUAAAAUUGUCCAAAUGGCAGCCAGUCAAAUGGAGACUUUGUGCCCCCAGGUGGUCAAUGCUGCUUUAGCUCUUGCUGCCAAGCCUACAAGCCAGGUGGUAAAAAGCAACAUGGAAAUGUAUAAGAACACAUGGGAGAGCCACAUACGUAUGCUCACUGAAGCCAUGGAUGACAUUACAAGCAUUGAUGAUUUUCUUGCUGUAUCAGAAAGCCACAUCCUUGAGGAUGUAAACAAGUGCAUCAUGGCACUAAGAGAACAGAAUGCCGAUGAUUUAGAUUGUGCUGCUGGGGCCAUCCGUGGACGUGCCGCAAGAGUGGCACACAUUGUUUCUGGCGAGAUGGACAGUUAUGAACCUGGAGCUUAUACUGAAGGAGUGGUGAAAAAUGUGCAGCAUCUUACAAAUGCUGUGAUUCCAGAAUUUAUCACUCAAGUCAAUACUGCACUGGAAAAUUUAAGCAGGAAUACAGUUCAUCUGUUUGAUGACAAUCAGUUUGUGGACAUCUCUAAGAAGGUCUAUGAUACCAUUCAUGACAUCAGAUGUUCAGUUAUGAUGAUUCGGACCCUGGAAGAACUAGAAGAUAUGUCUGACAUUGAAGAUGAAUGUGAUGCACGCAGCCGUACCAGUAUUCAGACUGAAGGGAAAACUGAUAGGGCAAAGAUGACUCAGUUGCCAGAGGCUGAGAAAGAAAAGAUAGCGGAACAGGUGGCUGACUUCAAGAAAGUGAAGAGCAAGCUGGACGCAGAGAUUGAGAUAUGGGACGAUACCAGCAAUGACAUCAUUGUUCUGGCUAAACGGAUGUGUGUGAUUAUGAUGGAGAUGACAGAUUUCACGAGGGGAAGAGGGCCGCUGAAGAAUACAUCAGAUGUGAUUAAUGCAGCAAAAAUGAUAUCAGAGUCAGGAUCCAGAAUGGAUAUGCUUGCAAGGCAAAUUUCUAACCAGUGUCCGGAUCUAUCAUGUAAGCAGGACUUAUUGGCUUAUCUGGAGCAGAUCAAACUUUACUCCCACCAGCUCAAAAUCUGCAGUCGAGUUAAAGCUGAGAUCCAGAAUUUAGGCAGCGAGCUCAUCGUGUCAGCGCUGGACAGUGUGACUUCACUCAUUCAGGCUGCCAAAAACUUAAUGAAUGCCGUGGUGCAGACAGUGAAGAUGUCCUAUAUCGCCUCGACGAAGAUUAUCAGAAUUCAAAGUCCUGCUGGCCCGCGACACCCUGUGGUGAUGUGGCGGAUGAAGGCUCCAGCAAAGAAGCCUUUGAUUAAGAGAGAGAAGCCGGAGGAAAUCUAUGCAGCUGUCAGAAAAGGUUCGGCUAAGAAGAAAAUCCAUCCCGUUCAAGUCAUGAGCGAAUUUAGAGGAAGACAAAUAAACUGAGAUGAUUAUUCUGUUUGCUGCAAAAGGUUUCAUAUGCUGAAACUUCGAUCUUUUCAAAUAGUCCCCCCACCCCACACUUGUUUAAUCCCACAAGAAAUAGUAACUAUUGGCACUUUUUUUCCAGAUGUUUUAACAUUUACGGGAGGUCUUUUUUUACACACGAAGGAGCUCCCUCGGGCACAUAUGCAACCCACUUUUCAGCAUUUGCCUCCAUCUACUUUUAACAGGAUUUGCACAUGUGCUUGAAUUUUGCUCACUAAUGCAUUUGAUCUGGCAUCUUAACACUUUGGAAUACACCACUGGGAGAGGGGUGGCCUGGGCUGGACAACAGAGGAAUCACAGCUGUGUUUAAUAGUGAUUAUAUUUACUUACUCAAAGCUUCAGCAUGUUCAAAGUACUUGCACACUUGUUAUCUUUGCAGCUGUCACAACAACCUGAUACAUAGAUUGUGUGAUCUCUGUGUUGCAAAAGGGAGCAAGGACAGCUGAUCACCUGUUGCAUUUGUGGUUGGGAUCUGAGCAGGGAACAUCUCGCUGUUAUGGACUCCUAUGGCAUGGUUUCCAUUUAUCCACUGUACUGUGCAUUUAUCUGGUUAAGACUAGCUUCUUGUCCAUGUUAUGAAAUAUUGACCUAAUUAAAGCCAAUGGGUGCUCUUCAGAAAAAGAAAGAGCUCUGCAAAGGAUAAUGUAUAAUUGGCUCAGCUCUUCAAGUGAUGGAAAUCAAUACAGGUAUAGGAUGUGCAGAGCUUUAGAUUCUAGCAGGGGAUACUAAUGGGCCACCUUUCCUUCUACUGAGCAUUGGACCGUCUUGUCCAAGGUCUUUAUGGGGCAUGAAAUGUCAGUUGUCUGUAGAUCCAUCAUUAUGCUACAUAACAUGGGUUUAAGAUUAAAAUAGCAUGGACAACAGAAUAGUUUCUCUUCAAGAGGGAAAAACACACACACUCCUUUCCCUGUUUUUUAAAGACUCACCACCACCAAUGCUUCACAUCUGUUAUAGUGGUUGCUAGGAAACUGCUAACAAUAUCAUAGAAACAGUGUAUUAGAAAUCUUGGGCCUCAGUGUUUCUGUGAAGUUCGCAGGGAUAGGUAAGGUUGGGAAUAAAGAUAUGAUCUGAGCUUCUUCUAUUUACUUUUUAAAAUCUACCGCAUCAAGGACACUAAAAGAAACAGGACCUCUCAUGGCUUCCUCCCCUGUUACUCCUUGAAGGUGCUGAUUGCAAGCCUGCAUAGGGUAUUUGAAUCUCCUGGAAGAUUUGUUGAACACAUUAGAGGAAUAUGAACUUGGCCCAGAUUGUACUGGGUUUGUGUUGCACUCUCCACAAGCAUCUACCAUGAGUUUCCUAACAUGGAGGGUCCCACUUUUAGAAGUCUCCAGCUGACAACUUUUGAUCCACAUGCUUCUGGUCUCCCCUGCCUUGACAGUACUUCACACAUACAGUUUACAGCUCUGCCACUGUAUUUAAAAUCUAUGAACUCUCUGAAUUGUGUCUUUCUUUCAGUACACUGUAUUGUAAGUCGUAGUGUGACCCAUGGUUUGAUAAAGCACAUUAUUAAUCAGUUGAAAUAAAUAUUGUAUAGAAUAUA